CGAGGGCGCAGUGGCUGCGGCCUGAGGACGGGACCAUGAGGGGGACACGGCCGCUGCUGCUGCUGCUGCUGCUGGCGGCCUGUGGUGGCCAAUUCGGGGGGGCCCUGCAAUGCUACACCUGUCACGAGCCCACUGCUGUGUCCAGCUGCGUCACCAUCGCCACCUGCAGUGGGAACGAAACCAUGUGCAAGACCACCCUCUACUCCCUGGAGAUAGUGUACCCCUUCCUGGGGGACUCCACGGUGACCAAGUCCUGCGCCAGCAAGUGCGUGCCCUCGGACGUGGACGGCAUCGGCCAGACGCGGCCCGUGUCCUGCUGUAACAGUGAGCUGUGCAACGUGGACGGGGCGCCCACCCUGCAGCGCCACCGUGGCCUGGCCGUCGUGCUGGCGCUCCUCCUGCUCUGGAGCCUUGGGUCCUAGAGCCCCACCCCACCCCUGCAAGCCAGCCCCACUGCCC